CACAAUUCACACCCUGCACCCUCUGUCUCUGUAUGCUUUGUUUUUGCAAAUCUCAAAAGGAGAGAGAGAGAGAGAGAGAGAGAGAGAGAGAGAUUAUUACAGAGAAAAAAGGAAAGAGGAGAUCUCCAGAUUUUACUCCAAGAGAUCUUUGGGGAUCAGAGUGAUUUAAAGCAAAGGCGGCUAGAGGGAGAUAGACUUCUGGGCACACGAUAUUUUUCAUUUAUAAUCCAUCGUCAUCAUCAUCAGCCUUUGGCUCUGGGAAUAGUGGUUUCGAUGAAAACCGCUUUGAUCCUGAGUGGGUUUAUUUUUUUGUGAGGGAUGGUCAGGCAGUUUUGUGAGUGUCAGCGAAUUAAAAGGAGCAGCAGGGAACGGCGCUUAGAGACGUAACAUAAGAGUGGUGUUGUUGGGUUCCGGGGAUUGGGGUAGUGUGUUUGGGUUGACUGGUGGUGGUGGUGGUGGUGGUUCGCGGAAGCUGUGCCGGGUAUGAAAGUUGUUCUUACAGUGUUUGGGAGCGGUUUUUGAGGCGGUAUUGAAGUAGGUUUAUUGGGUUUUUGGUGUUUUAUUUUCUACGUAUUGGGGAGAUGAAGUUUAUGAAGUUAGGAUCAAAGCCGGAUGCAUUUCAAGCUGAUGGCAACUGUAUCAGGUAUGUAGCAUCUGAGCUGGCUACUGAUGUUGCCAUAAUUGUUGGGGAAGUGAAAUUUUAUCUGCACAAGUUUCCUCUGUUGUCCAAAAGCAAUCGUUUGCAAAAGCUUGUACUGAGAGCCAAUGAGGAAAACACCAAUGAAGUCUGCAUGGUUGAUUUUCCCGGUGGACCAAAGGCCUUCGAGAUAUGUGCCAAAUUCUGCUAUGGUAUGACUGUCACCCUCAAUGCUUACAAUGUUGUUGCUGCUCGAUGUGCAGCAGACUAUCUUGAGAUGACAGAGGAUGCUGAUCGUGGAAACCUAAUUUUUAAAAUUGAGGUUUUCCUAAAUUCGAGUGUCUUCCGCAGUUGGAAAGAUUCUAUUAUUGUCCUUCAGACUACCAAGUCUCUUCUACCAUGGUCUGAGGAUUUGAAGGUAGUUGGAAGAUGCAUAGAUUCUAUUGCUUCUAAAACCUCAGUUGAUCCGUCAAAUGUCACUUGGUCAUACACCUAUAACCGGAAGUUAGCAGUGGCAGAUCAGAUUUGUGAGAAUGGGAUAAGAUUACAAAAGAAAUUUCAAUCUGUUCCCAAAGACUGGUGGGUCGAAGAUAUAUGUGAAUUGGAUAUUGAUCUUUACAAGCGAGUGAUGGUUGCUGUAAAGUCAAAGGGGAGAAUGUCUGCUGAUGUGAUUGCUGAAGCACUCAAGGCAUAUGCUAUCAGAUGGCUGCCGGACUCGGUUGAUGCUCUGGUUUCUUAUGACUAUGCCCUGAAGAGUAGGUCUUUGGUUGAAACCAUCAUCUGGUUAUUGCCUUCUGACAAGGGUUCUGAAUGUUUGUGUAGUUUCCUACUGAAGUUGUUGAAAGUUGCCAUCCUGGUCGGAGCUGGUGAUGCACAAAAGGAAGAGCUUUUGAAGAGAAUCAGUUGGCAGUUGGAUGAAGCUACUGUAAAUGAUCUACUGAUUCCGGCACAGCCACCAGAUACUACCAUUUAUGACGUGAAGCUGGUGCAGAACAUUGUGAAUCGGUUUGUAAUGCAAGCCCGACGUACUCAGAAUUUGGAUUUUGUUGACAAACAUGAGAAGGUUUCAGAUGAUUUUGUGUUAGGGAGAGGGUCCUGGCUGAAUGUUGGCAAACUGAUUGAUGGGUAUCUUGCUGAAAUUGCCUCUGAACCAAAUCUUCCUGUCUCUAGCUUCGUUGAUCUCUCACAAUUGAUUCCAGAAUCAGCUAGACCAAUUCAUGAUGGAUUAUACAAGGCCAUAGACAUCUACCUGAAGGAGCACCCUAAUUUGAUGAAAAUCGAGAAGAAGAAGAUUUGUGGACUAAUGGAUGUUAAAAAGUUGUCAAUGGAUGGAUGCAUGCAUGCAGCACAAAAUGAAUGUCUCCCACUUCGUGUGGUGGUCCAGGUCCUCUUCUUUGAGCAGGUCAGGGCAGCUGCUGGGGGCCUUAAUGCCCCACAAAAUGUUUCUCGUGCUAGUUCACGUUCUACUACAAACACUGAAGAAUGGGAGAAGACAGCGCCAGAGGACUGCAAAUCACUCGAGAAACAGAUGAGCCAAAUGAAGAUCUGUGACAAUGAGUGCCAGAAAAAUAGGGAGAAGAAAGACAAAGGCAGCAAAAACAAAGGUGGAGGUGUGUUGCUUCCAUCACGAUCAAGAAGAUUCUUUGACAAGUUGUGGGUUGGGGUUACAGGGCUUGGUGAGAACAGGAGCUCUGAGACAUCAGGGAGUUCUCAGAGCCCAACUUCACUGAAUCCUGGGGAGACCAGAUCAUCUGGUUCCUCCUCAAGACACAGAAGGCAUUCUGUAUCUUGAAGGAUUUUAUGAUGUAUAUGUCCUGGCGCAGUUUAGAAGAUUGUACUAUCAAAUCAAAGUGUAAAAAGUGGUAGUAUUUUGCCGAGGCUGAUGUAUGUCAUCUAUUCCUGCUAUAGUAAUCCAAAAGAGGGUUUCGACACUGAAAGAUGUAGUUAGUUUCUUGGAGCCUUCCCUGGGAUAGUCUGCCUGUUUGUGUAACAUUGUCUUCCACAUAGUGCAUUGAUUCAAUAGGAAUUUUUCCCCUUCUUUCCCAAUUA